UCGAGUAAACUUUGGAAAUGUCAAUAAUCAUAUAUAAAAAGUCACAUUCGAAAUAAAGUUGUAUGUUUUACUAUCGAUUGAGAAGAUAAACGAUGCGUUCUAAAACAGGCAAAAUAGACUCAGUCGUUAACAUCGAUUCAUUUUUAGUACUAGAUCCCGAUCAUAUCAUCAAUUUACUGUCAGAUGAAAGUUUCAAAGAGGUAGAUGCUCCACCGGUUUCGAAACGAUCGGAUGUCCACGUUUUACCCCGACUAAUUGCCGAAGCGUUUGCCUGUGUAUUAGAUGAUACUGUCAACAAAUUGGACCUUAUAAUUAAUGUGGGGCAGCUUCCCCGAGUAAAGGAAGAAGAGGAAGAGGAAGAGGAAGAAGAAGAAGAUGAAGAUGAAGACCAUGAAGGCGAAGACAAUGCGAUAGAAAGUCAGAAAAAAACGGAUGAAGUUCCCGGAGAAAUAUAUGACACAGUUACUCUAGAACGUCUAGAAGACUCCCUGGAGCGCCAAAAUUUGUCAAAAUUUGUCAAAGACGUCCGUUUUGUAAGAAAUUUGUUAAAAAAAGCCUGCAAUAGUCUCGUGAAGAAGAACUCCUUCGAUUUAAUCGUCCACAAAGUCUCUCAAUAUAAAGAUUAUAUAGAGAAGAGAUCGCAAAUUAUGAAGGAAAAUUUGCAAAUUAAGAAAGAAAUUUCCGACCUCAAAAAGUCUUUUGUUAAUGAGAAAAAAGAUGCGCUUAAAGAAAUUGAUAAGAUAAAGAAGGAAACGCAAGAGAUGAGAAAUUCGCUUGGAUUGCAAGUGAUAAUCGAAAAUACCAAGAUGCAUUACGUGCAAAAGUGGGAAACAUCAAGGAAUCAAUUAAAUACGUUCAUUUUAACUCGACAGGAAGAUCAACUUAAAGAUAAGAUUACUAGAAUGACAGUAGAAAUGGAAAGAGAAGAAAAAGUUCACGAGGAAGUUGAAAAGUUUUUAUCAGAACUGGAACAGGAUUACGAAAAACAAGUAGAGGAAUGGAUGGAGAGAUAUGAUAGAGAAAUGGAACAAUUAGACUAUGAUAUUAGUGUAACUAACGAAAAAAUCGAAGAACAAGAAAUUGCAAACGCAAAAAUUAAACAAAAGUAUGAAGAACGCCAAAAAUUCAUUGAAGAGUGGCUAGUGUAUAGAGAACAGAAACGUUUGGAAAGGGAAAGAUUUGAAAGAAUAACCGAGGCCUCUAUAUCAAUUCAGUGCUGGUGGAGAGUCGUGAUGAUAAAAAAGAAACUUGGUCCCUACGGAAAGAAAAAGAAGGGCAAAGGAAAAGGAAAAGGAAAAAAGAAAUAGAA